AUGGAGCAAAACAUGGAAAUCGAUGACAUCCAGGAACCAGGCUGCCUGUCUCUCUCGUGGGUGGAUAUGGCAUUUAAAAGCAGCAUCAGAAGCGCUCUCCUCCUCUUCCUCACAGCAGCGCACAUCUCUGGGGCUCGCUGCUCAGGGUCUGUUGCAUCGUACGGGACUCACUUCACUCAAAGGAAGGCGAUGGAUGUGUUGAAUAGUUGGAUCUGGCAGGAGGCCCUCUGGCUUCCUCCAGGGAACCACUGGGAGGACCUCAAGUUGGAUCCGGAGCAGGGUUACAAUCCUCGCCCUCGGGACCUCAUCUCCUCUGUGCCUCUGGCACUAGGCUUCAUCGCCUGCAGAUACGUCUUUGAACGGGUGGUCGCCAUCCCAUUAAGCAGGAUUUCAGGUGUAAAGGACCAGGUUCGAAUGCAGGUUUUCUCUAGUCCACAGCUAGAGGUGUACUACAAACACAACAGUCGACAACCGUCACAUAAUGAAAUCUUCAACUUAUCUAAGCAGACUGGACUAUCUCCAAGGAAAAUACAGACGUGGUUCAGAAACAGAAGGAAUCAGGACCGACCCACAAACACAAAGAAGUUCUGUGAGGCGACUUGGCGUUUCGUAUUCUAUCUUUUUGCAUUCGUUGCUGGCCUCAACUAUUUAAUGAAAACUCCCUGGUUUUGGGAUCAGAGAGAAUUCUGGAGCGGUUACCCCAAUCAGCCUGUGUCGGAUGCUCAAUAUUGGUACUACAUCUUAGAGCUGGGCUUUUAUCUAUCACUGCUUCUGAGCGUCUCUGUGGACAUCAAGAGAAAGGAUUUCAAAGAGCAAGUUAUCCAUCACAUUGCCACAAUAUUUCUGAUGGCGUUUUCAUACAGCUCCAACUUUGUGCGAGUGGGAACCGUGGUGAUGUUAGUGCAUGACUCUUCUGACUUCCUCCUUGAGUCUGGGAAAAUGCUCCACUACGCAGGUUUGACGCACAUAUGUGAUCCACUGUUUGUCGUCUUUGCCGUUGUUUUCCUGUUCACAAGACUCUUUGUUUUCCCUUUCAGGGUGGUCCACGCAACCCUUGUUUUGUCUCUGGAUUUCUUUGAUCCAUUCUUCGGGUACUAUUUCUUCAAUGCCUUGCUGUUAAUUCUCCAAGCCCUGCACAUCUUCUGGGCCUAUCUUAUCCUACGUAUGAUCUUCAAGUUCGCAUUCACGGGAAAGGUGGGGAAAGACGAACGCAGUGAUGAUGAAAGUGAAGGAGAUGAAGAUGAGCUGGAAGAAGAUGAAAAAGACAGGGGGGAGAAGAAAGAUAUACUGAACUCUAAACUGGAGUCACUGACCAAUACAUGUGUCCUGAAAAACCUAACCAGCCAGAGGAAAAUCAACAUCAGGCAGCCCAAAGCCAGAUAA